AUGAAUGGACUUGACGAUGACGACGUCAGAUCUACGACAUCUGAAGUAUCCUUACUAGAACAACUCUCGAGAUCAGAACGCAUCACAGGGGGACGUGUACAACUAGAUUGGAGUACUCUACCGCCGGACAUUGGUCCCAUCUUGCCUGAUUCCGUCAACAAUAGGACGAAUAGAUCGUUCGUGAAUACGGCGUCAAAUACUAGACCAGCAACCAACACAAGACUACCACCACGACCACAACAAGCCGAAAGUCAACCACCUCCUAAACCAACAGUUCUUCCAUCUCCACCUAUAGAUCCACCAUCGAAUACACCAAAAGAACAAGAAAAGGAUAAAAAGAUUUAUAAUUUCCAUCAAUGUCAUUUCGAGAUUGUCAGGAAACGGGAUUUGCUUGGUGAUGAUUCGACGAAUGAAGGGCUUGGGAAUAGUAUGCAGAGUACUGGUGCUGGUGCUAGUAGAGGCAUGUCUCUUGAACGUGGUACUUCUGAGGAUGCACGAGAAGAUCAACAAGAUCUAGAUGAUUUAUUAGGUCGUUUGAAUCGGAUACGGAACGAGGAGCCUGUUAUUAGUGUAGAAAGUGGUGGAGGAGAAGUCUUGCCACAAGAUCCAGAUAUGACGAUGGAUGACUUGUCAAUUCCAUCACAGCCCAACGGGUUUGGUGAUUCAAUGAUGUCUACCAAGAGCAAGACAAGAGGAAUGGACUCAUUCGCAAGACAUGAGCCGUCAUUCAGAGCGUCGAUACGUUCAUCGACAAGGUCAUCGUUCCUGAAUGUGGAAACCGCGUCACAUCUACAUGCUGAACUAUCAGAUCUAUCAGCUCAACUGAAGGAGAAAUCAGACAUGCUGCAUCAACGAGCUCGAGAUCUAGAUGCUAGAGAACUCAAAUUGAAGGAAGCUAGUCAGCGUAUGAAUGAUGAUGUUGUGAAACGCGUUGGUGUUGAGGUUGAGAAGCGGGAGCAGGCAUGGAAGAAGGACGCCGAAACAAUAAUCCUAAAAUACGACGAAGCACUCCAAGAUUUUGCCAAAGAAAGCAAACGAAUGUCAUCAUCAGUCCGUGAACUAGUCACCGUAAACCGCUCUCUCCGCGCCCAACUGAAAGACUCUACACUCGACACCGAAUCUCAAAGCACAGUCAUACAAGAUCUCACAUCUCAAUUGAAGCAAGCUAGAGAUCGCAAUGAGCGGUUAAAAGCAAGUUUGCAAUCUGCUAGUUUGGUCAAGCCGCUGGUUGUGGAGGUUAAGGAGAGGAAUAGAGAGAAUGACAAGUUGGAUGAGUUGAAAAGGAUUGUGCUGGCUGGGCAUAAGAGGAGCACGUAUACUGCGUGUACGCAGACGGUGGAGAAUAUGGGGAGCGGGAGUGUGUUUGGUGGUGAGGAGAGGGGGCAGGUUCGGAAGGGUGAUGUUGAGUUGAAUACGUCCAAGGACAUUCUGAUUGACUACUUGUGUGAGAUACAUCGAUGCUCCUUGCGUGAUUUUGGCAGCAAUGUUCAACAGACACAGGAUCAAGAUGAAUCGUUUAUUUCCGCUCGGAAUUUUGUUGCUGAUGAUGUUAUUGAUGCUAUGAGGAGGAAAUCUCGUGAUACCAUACUGAUUCUUUCGGGACAGAUUCUGUCAAGUAUCAUGACCAUUGUGAAACAAAAUGAACGGUGUCUCUCAUCAUAUCUCAUGGAAUUCAUACUGUCGUUUGUUCGACAUGGGAAUCUAACUAUGCAGCAGAAACAUAGUCUUUCAGACGUAAUCUUCACAGUCUAUACGAAACAUGAAAUAACAUACGAUACGGAUGACACAACCAUCGCGUUAAUGCAAAUGGUUCUUCUAUCUACUGUUGGACAAUAUAAUGUUAUUGAGGUUGUGCUGGAUGAUGUCGUGUCGAGAUUGGUUGAUGGCCAUUUCAAGCAUGUGUUUCUGGAGAAUGAUGGUGUUGAAUAUGUACAUCCAUUGCUACGGAGAAGUGAUGGGCCUAGUGUGCCGCUGCUGGCUAGUGGUGUGCUCCUAAAUCUUUGUGCUGAUGGAGAUUGGCUACCAGACUUCUUGACGCAAUGCUCAAGACCUGUCGUAGUAAACUCUUGUGCAGCAGCACUUGGACAAUGUGUUGACUCUAUCAACGGGCAUGGCGAUAAGAUGGCUCCUGUUGCUGAGAACGUGUCGGUUUUAUUGCAGAAGUUGUCUAAGAUACCCAACAAUCACAUACUCUUCCGAUCAAAUACGACACUGAUGGAUCGGUUGAGUUGUAUACUUGAUGAGGAGAACAGUGGUGGUGGUAAUGGAAGAAGGCAGUUUUCAGAGUUUCUGAUUCUUAAUGUACGGAGUAUAGUGAGGAAUCUUGCAUAG